GGGAGAGUGGAGGUGAAACAACAGGGCAAGUGGGGGACCGUGUGUGGUCACUACUGGAGCAUGAAGAAUGCGGCAGUGGUUUGUAAACAGCUGGACUGUGGGUCUGCUGUUGAAGCUCCUCAGUACGGAGAGUUUGGGCCAGGAUCUGGCCCCAUUUGGAUGGAUGAUGUUGGCUGUAAUGGCACCGAAUCUGCCCUGUCUGACUGCACACACGGAGGAUGGGGUGAACAUGACUGUGUUCAUAUCCUUGAUGCUGGAGUGGUGUGUUCAGGUGCUGUGGAGGUGAGGCUGGCAGACGGCGGCAGGCGCUGUGCUGGGAGAGUGGAGGUGAAACAACAGGGCAAGUGGGGGACUGUGUGUGGUCACUACUGGAGCAUGAAGAAUGCAGCAGUGGUUUGUAAACAGCUGGGCUGUGGGUCUGCUGUUGAAGCUCCUCAAUACGGACACUUUGGGCCAGGAUCUGGCCCCAUUUGGAUGGAUGAUGUUGGCUGUAAUGGCACCGAAUCUGAGCUGUCUGGCAGUGCUCAGGGCCAGCUGUCCCCAUGCCAGAGGCACCAGAAGUGA